AUGGCUAAGAUCACGGAGGUUCCUGGUCCUAACCCAACCCGAAAGGCUAGCGGUUCAUGGGGUUUGAGUCUCGUGUUUUUCCCGUUAGCCAUUGUUGGGAUGGCGGUGCUUGUUGUGCAGCUCGAUACCUAUGAGACGGUGGCGUAUCCGAUGCACGAGCUCGGUGAACCGAUGUUUGUUGCAGCCCGGAAGAAUGUAGGGACCGUUAAUUCUGGUUUGGAAAAGAUUGGGUCGGGUCAGUUGGUUGGAGCCGAGGAUAUCGUUUAUGAAACGAAGUCCGGGUUGUUGUACACAGGUUGUCAGGACGGGUGGAUCAAGCGAGUCAAGUUGACUGACUCAGUGGCUGACUCGGUGGUCGAGAAUUGGGUGCACACAGGAGGUCGACCAGUUGGGAUCGCAAUCGAUGAAUCCGGUGAUGUUUUUGUUGCCGAUGCUAUUAAGGGUUUGCUUAAGGUAAGUAUCGACGGUAAGUUAGAGUUAUUGACACACGAGGCUGAAGGUGUAAAGUUUGGGAUGCCUGAUGGCGUAGCUGUUGCAAAAAAUGGUAUGGUUUAUUUCACUGAUGCGACAUAUAAAUACGAUUUUCGUGGAGCGUUGAACGAUCUUUUCGAGGGUAGGCCACAUGGCAGACUAUUGAGCUAUGAUCCAUCAACGAAACAAACAAAAGUGCUUGCUCGAGACCUUUACUUUGCUAACGGGAUCGAAAUCUCACCAGACCAAGACUUUGUUAUAUUUUGCGAGACUUUCAUGAGGAGGUGUUCUAGAUACUACUUACCAGGGGGGAAAAAGGGUUCUAUCGAUGUUUUUGCUGACAAUUUGCCCGGUUUACCUGACAACAUACGGUACGAUGGAAAUGGGCACUAUUGGUUGGCAAUACCAUGGGACAAUUCACUUUUAACGAAAUUUAUACAAACGUAUCCGUUUGCGCGCAAGAUUCUUGCCUUUACAUUUAAGCACCUACAUAAGAUGCCUGAGUUGAUGAAGUUUGGUGGAGUCAUCGCUCUGGAUUUGGAAGGAAACCCGAUUGGAGGUUAUUAUGACGACUCAUGGAAAAUGACGACAUCAGGGCUCAAGAUUGGCGAGCACUUGUAUAUGGGCUCCAUCACAAAAUCACACAUUCUGCGUCUCAGUCUUGCUCAAAAUCCUCUUCCUGUUACAACCUCGUGAAGGGCACUAUUGUAAUAAAGCAAGGGAGGAAAAACGAUAUCUAUAUGUUGUAUUUUGAAUAUCACAAGUUGGUUCCAUAAAAAUACAAUAGUGUUUGGAAGGAUAAAAUACACAUAAAUUUAACA